AAAACACUUGUUUUUUUUAUUUUCAUUUUAUUUUACAUAGAUUGUGCGUUCGCGUUAGGAAUGGAGAAUGAACGUAUCCUUAAUUCCCAAAUCACCUCCUCCUCUUCCUUUGGACCUAACCAUACGCCGUGGCAAGCACGCCUUAACAAUCAAAUGAUCAAUGGCGGCAGUACUGGGUCCUGGUCAGCUCAAACCAGUACCAUUGAUGAGUGGCUACAAGUCGACCUUGGCUCAGAGAAGACCAUCACCAAAGUUGCCACUCAGGGGAGACCGAAUAAUCAUAAUUUUUAUCAGUGGGUGAAGAGCUAUGCGAUACGACACAGUCUGGAUCAAGCUACGUGGUCAUUCUGCUCAGAAGGAGGGGCCAUUAAGGAGUUCCAGGGAAACACGGAUCGAAAUACUGUGGUGUCCAACUAUUUUCCAGAGCCUGUCCGAACGAGAUAUGUCCGAUUUGUUGUCAAGGCGUGGGAAGGUCAUAUCUCGAUGAGAGUGGAGCUCUAUGGGUGUGAUAACUGACCGAUGGACCAGCAUCGACCGGACGACCAGGGCCCAUUGUUUGCCAGAAAGUUAUAGGUUGUAAAGUUUCGAGCUCAAUUUUGAAUCGACUUCCUUGAAUUAAUGGUUUCAAUUUCACGAGAAUGGCGAAUAUGCUUUUUGAACUUUUGGAGAAAACCUCACGAUAGGUAAUGAUUUUGAAAUUAAAGAAUCUCGAACUCGAAUGAAAGCUCGUAAAUGAUCUUCCAUAAUAAUCCAUAAUAAUAUUCUAUAAAUAAUAUAUUCCAAUUCCAUUUUUUAAUUAAUUUCAUUCUACUUUCAUUUUCUAAUUUUAUGCAUUGUAUUUAUUACUUGUAAGUAUAAUAAUGAGGACCCUCAUAAAAGUCACCCAAGUGGUAAUAAGGCCUCCUCUUUAUAUAUAUAAUUAUUAUUAUCAUUAUUAUUAUUAGGAUCAUUGGCAUUGCCAUUGAUGCAUACAUCCAAACAAUUGUAAUCGAAUUUUAGAACAAUUUUAUCCAAGCACAAGUUUGUUUAUACCUGAGUUCUCAUCUUUUUUUAUAAUGACAUUACCUUCUUUGAAUAUUAUUCUUUAAACAUUUAUUGUGUUGAUGCUUGUGUUGAUGGUCUAGAUUUGAUUUUGAUUUAAAAAAAUUUAUUAUUGUGAUAAUAAAAAUGUGAUAAUGAAGAAUGAAUAAACAGUAAAAACACC